GUCUACGGAGGGGGUAGAAAGGCGCAUACCAAUUGACGAAGCAUUGCGCUUUCUUUGAAUGAAAUGCUGUGAAUAUGAAUCCGGAUUCCCCCCCUCUCGCCUGAGGUUCGGUGCCUGCUACGCACACGAAGAUCGAUCGGACUUGCAGCGGAGGAGAAACGGGGGAAAAGUGAUGAAAAAGUUGCACUGAUCUCGUGUCCGGGUCUGCUGGAUGAGAGAAGACCGGGCGAACUCGCAAAGUUUCCGAUCUCAAGUGACAGAUUGAAAACUAGACUGUUAUAAUGUGACUGAGGACUACAGCGACGGUUAUUUUUUUUCUUUUGCUCAGUUUGGACUUAAACUUUGCGGUGGAUUUAUUAGCCUGUUUUGUCCCCCUUUUUGCACAAGCAAACUAAAUGAUUUCAGUGAGAUCGUCUGGCUGAUGUGUGCGCGCAGCAACGGGAUGAAAUCAAAGAAAGGAUAGAGUUCUGCUACUUCUCUUUUUUUUCUCUUUUUUUCCCCACAUUCUGUUCUUCACUCGAUCAGGACUACAUGGACAAAACGUGUUGAAAUUUUGUGCAGUUUGGAACAGUUCCUGCACUGUUUUUCCAUCUUUUACUCCCCUUUUCUCACACAUAUCAAGAAGCCAAAGGACGCACGUUUUGCUCUUGGACUUUUUUAUAUUUAGCUUUUUAUGACAAUGUCUGUGUUUUUUUUCUAAGCUCUGGAUUCUGAGAUUCAGUUUGACAUGAAGGAGUGGAUGUCUAAACUGCUUUUUCACUAGUUUGGGAUUACACAGGAACAUUUCUCAUAAGAGAGGCGUUGAAUGAUGUCUCCAACUUCAAUUGGAUUUGUAUUUCUGUUAGCAAUUCUCCAUGUGUGCUCAGGAUCCCGUCUGCGCCAAGAGGACACCCCACCCAGGAUUGUAGAGCACCCAUCAGACCUGAUUGUUUCCAAAGGGGAGCCUGCCACGCUCAAUUGUAAAGCAGAGGGGCGGCCAACCCCAACAGUGGAGUGGUACAAGGAUGGAGAGCGGGUGGAAACGGACAGGGACAAUCCUCGUUCUCAGCGUAUGCUGCUUCCCAGCGGCUCGCUAUUCUUCCUUCGCAUCGUCCACGGACGACGGAGCAAACCGGAUGAAGGUUCUUACGUCUGUGUUGCGCGCAAUUACCUGGGAGAGGCAGUGAGCCACAAUGCCUCGCUGGAAGUAGCAAUUUUACGUGAUGACUUCAGACAAAACCCUGCAGAUGUGAUUGUGGCAGCUGGAGAGCCAGCAGUCCUGGAGUGCCAGCCUCCUCGUGGACAUCCAGAGCCCACCAUAUCGUGGAAAAAAGACGGAGUAAAUAUUGACGACAGAGAUGAGAGGAUCACUAUACGUGGAGGGAAGCUGAUGAUCACAAACGCCCGCAAGAGCGAUGCUGGGAAGUAUGUGUGUGUCGGCACAAAUAUGGUUGGAGAACGCGAAAGUGAAAUAGCUGAACUUACAGUGCUGGAGCGUCCCAGCUUUGUACGCCGCCCAGGGAGCCAGGUGGUUUUAGUGGAGCAAAGUGUAGAGUUUAGGUGUGAGGCCCGUGGCGACCCAGUUCCCACUGUACGCUGGAGGAAAGACGAUGGCGACCUGCCUAAAGGAAGAUUUGAGAUACGCGAAGACCACACCCUGAAGAUCCGUCGCCUGACCUCAGCUGAUGUGGGCUCCUACACUUGCAUGGCAGAGAACAUGGUGGGCAAGGCAGAGGCAUCGGCUACGCUCACCGUCCACGUCGUGUCUGUGCCCCCAGCGUUUGUGGUGAGACCGAGGAACCAGUUGGUUGGAGUUGGCAGAACCGUCACUUUCCAGUGCGAAGCCACUGGAAAUCCACAACCAGCCAUUUUCUGGCAGCGUGAAGGUAGUCAGAACCUGCUGUUCUCCUACCAACCUCCUCAACCAUCCAGCCGGUUUUCUGUAUCUCAGACUGGGGACCUGACUAUCACUGAUGCCGAACGCUCAGACAUGGGAUAUUAUAGCUGCCAGGCACUCAACAUUGCAGGCAGUGUGAUCACCAAGGCUCUGCUGGAGGUCACCGAUGUUGUGUCAGACCGCCCGCCACCAGUUAUACGACAGGGCCCAACCAAUCACACGGUGGCUGUGGACGGUACUGUGGUCCUCAACUGUGUAACAUCUGGUAACCCCAACCCCACUAUCCUGUGGAGGAAGGAUGGUGUCUUAGUGUCCACACAUGAUUCCAGGGUCAAACAGCUGGACACAGGUGCACUGCAGAUUCGUUAUGCAAAGCUCAGUGACACUGGCACUUACACCUGCAUCGCCUCCACACCCAGUGGAGAGGCCUCAUGGAAAGCCUCUUUAGAAGUCCAAGAAUUUGGAGCCCCAGUCCAGCCAAACAGACCUACUGACCCAAACCUGAUCCCCAGUGCCCCCUCCAAACCUGAGGUCACAGAUGUUUCCCGUACCUCCAUCACACUUUCCUGGAAACCUAACCUUAAUGCCGGAGCCACACCCACUUCCUAUAUAAUAGAGGCCUUCAGCCAUGCAUCAGGGAGCAGCUGGCAGACCUUGGCAGAGCAUGUGAAAACUGAAUCAUUUGUACUGAAGGGCCUGAAGCCCAGUGCAGUCUACCUCUUCUUAGUGCGAGCAGCCAACGCCUAUGGACUAAGUGAUCCCAGUCCUAUCACUGAUGCUGUGAAAACACAAGAUAUUCCUCCCACCAGUCCAGGUGUGGACCAUCGCCAGGUCCAAAGGGAGUUGGGAGAAGUGGUCAUUCACCUGCAUAACCCCACCAUUCUUUCCUCCUCAUCUGUCAGGGUGCAGUGGACAGUGGAGCAGCAGUCGCAGUACAUCCAGGGCUACAAGGUGAUGUACAGGCCUUCACCAGAGGGGCAGCAGAGGAGCGAAUGGGGAGUGUUUGAGGUGCGGACCCCCGGAGAGGACAGCGCUGUUGUGACACAGCUGCGAAAGGGUGUCACAUACGAAUUCAAAGUCCGCCCUUUCUUCAACGAGUUCCAGGGAACAGACAGUGAUGUCAAAAUUGGCAAGACGCUGGAGGAAGCCCCCAGUGCCCCUCCUCGUGGGGUUACAGUGACAGAGAGUGGGGACAAUGGGACUGCCAUCAUCGUUUCCUGGCAACCCCCUCUAGAAGAGGAGCAGAAUGGGGUGGUCCAGGAGUACAAGAUUUGGUGCUUGGGGAAUGAGAGUAGGUACCACAUUAACCGAACAGUUGAUGGCUUAACCUUAUCCGUGCUGAUUCCCGGUCUGGCCCCUGGGAUCCUCUACAGUGUGGAAGUGGCAGCCAGCACCAGUGCAGGCCCCGGGGUCAAAAGUGAAAUCAACUUCUUCAAGCUUGAUUCUUCUGGGCGAAUUGAAGAAACUGUGAAGCCGGACAACCCUCUGCCCCAGCAGAUCUCUGAUAUAGUCAAACAGCCAGCCUUUAUAGCAGGCAUCGGGGCUGCUUGCUGGAUCAUCCUCAUGGUCUUCAGUAUCUGGUUGUACCGACACCGAAAGAAAAGGAACGGCCUGUCCAGCAGCUAUGCAGGGAUACGGAAAGUGCCAUCGUUUACUUUCACACCAACAGUGGCAUAUCAGCGAGGUGGGGAAGGUGUCAGUAGUGCUGGAAGGCCUGGUUUGCUAAACAUUGGGGAAUCUGCCACUCAACCCUGGCUGGCUGAUACAUGGCCCAACUCCUGCUCAAACCACAAUGAUUGCAGCAUCAACUGCUGCACUGCAGGCAAUGGCAACAGUGACAGCAACUUAGCAACAUACAGCCGACCAGCCGACUGUAUCGCCAAUUAUAACAACCAGAUGGAGAACAAGCAGACCAACCUCAUGGUGCCAGAGUCAGGAGUCUACGGAGAUGUAGACCUAUCCAACAAGAUCAAUGAGAUGAAGACCUUCAACAGCCCUAACCUAAAAGAUGGCCGCUUUGUAGGUCCAGGGGGUCAGCCGACACCUUAUGCCACUACACAGCUCAUCCAGUCCUCCAUCAUGGGCAACAACAUAAAUUCAGACAGAGGGACCGGAGGGAGCGGAGUUGGGCUCGGGGGUGGAGGGGAAGUGAAUGAGAAACACUGCUGGAAGCCCCCCUCAGUCCAGCAGCAGAAACAGGAGAUGGCCUCCCAGCUUCAGUACAACAUCAUGGAGCAAAACAAGCUAAACAAGGACCGCUACAGAGGAGGAGACAGUCCAAUGCCAGCAACCAUCCCCUAUAACCAGACUCAUGACAGCCACACUGGAGGGUCUUACAACAGCUCUGACCGAGGCAGCAGUAGUACCUCCGGGAGUCAGGGUUAUAAGAAGGGAGUGCGCACGCCCAAACUACCCAAACAAAGCACAAUGAACUGGGCUGACCUUCUACCCCCUCCUCCUGCAAACCCACCCCCCACACGGAACACAGAAGAGUACUCGCUAUCGAUGGAAGAAAGUUGUGAUCCAGACAUGCAGUGCCCUAUGCCCCCCUCUCACAUGUACCUGCAGCCUGAUGAUCUGGAGGAAGAAGAGGAGAUGGAGAGGGGGCCCACUCCUCCUGUCCGUGGGGCAGCCUCUUCCCCUGCUGCUGUGUCCUACAGCCAUCAGUCCACAGCCACUCUCACCCCCUCACCCCAGGAGGAGAUGCAGCCGAUGCUCCAGCAUGCACCAGACAGCCACGAACGCAGGCGUCAUGCUGUGAGCCCCCCACCCCCUCCAAGGCCCCUCUCUCCCUCACACACAUAUGGGUACAUCAGCAGCCCACUGGCAUUGGACACUGAUGGCAUGGAGGAGGAAGAUAUGUUGGAAGAGGAGGAUGGUGAUGACACAGAUGCAGAGGUGGCCAAGAUGCACUACCACCACACCCAUCCCCACACACACACCCACCACCCCCAGAUGCACGCACGGAGACUGCUUCUACGAGGGCUUGAACAGACGCCUGCAUCCAGUAUGGGUGACUUGGAGAGCUCAGUGACCGGCUCCAUGAUCAACGGAUGGGGGUCAGCCUCUGAAGAGGAUAAUGUCUCUUCAGGGAGGUCUAGUGCAGUCAGCUCAUCAGAUGGAUCCUUCUUCACAGAUGCAGACUUUGCUCAAGCGGUUGCUGCAGCUGCAGAGUAUUCCGGCCUCAGGGUGCCAAAGUACCCCAAUUCACAAGGCCAGGAAGUGGGAGGAGCUUCAGCACGAAAAUACCAAAUAAGCCAGUCAGGCCACCGUCCUGGCAGCCCAGUGUCAACAGACAGUAAUAUGAGUAGUAUGGCAGCUAUACACAGGAGGCCUCCUAAAAAGCAAAAACAGCAACCCGGUCAUCCAGGGAAUCAGCGACGGGAACCCUUCAAUGAAGAUCUCCCUCCUCCACCCAUUCCACCUCCGGCAGUGCUUAAGUCCCCUACACAUCCCUCCAAGGCAGCUCUGGAGGGUCGGGGAGUAAUUUCCCCCAAAGCAGGAGAAGGCCGAGACAAGCGAGGAGGAAUGGGCGGCCAUCGGCCACAGGAGGGCUCAGACCCUAGAACCAGCUCAUCUGAACGCAAAGACGCUCAAGACAGACAAAAAACUGCUCAUGGAGGGAAAGGGAAUAAACAUGAGAGUAGCACUGCCAACAAGGCACGACAGCACCCAGGUUCUGAGGACAUUCUGCCCUAUAGUCGACCACAGUUCCCCACAGUCAACAGCCCUCGUGACCCAAGCUCCUCGAGCUCCAUGUCCUCUAGGGGCUCAGGGGGUCGGCGAAGAGGGGAAGGAGGCCGCAGGAACCCUGCAGACAUGAGCCUCAAUAGCUCAGUAGCCUUCCAACAAGGAGAAGAAGAGCUUGAGAUGGUUGAAAGCUGAAGAAGAGACAAGGAGAAGGUGGAACCGUUCAGAUUUUCCCAUGAGUGGAGCAUCAUUGUUUCUCUUACAGUUAUCCCAGUAUUUCACCAUCAUGUCAGCUGCCAUCAUACUGUGCAUCAAGUGUUUCUUUACAUCUGCAAAACAAAUGUUUUCUUUUUUUCUAACUUAUCGUUUUCUAUGUCCACAAAAAAAAAAGAAAAAAAAGUGUGAUGAUAAAAGAACAAUGAAGUCAUAACAAAUUAUGGUAUAUUUAAGUUUGAUUCCAAUGCAAUAUGGAGUGAGAUCCUGCUCCAGACAUUGUCAUGACUCCGCUUGCCUUGAAAAGAACUUUUGGAGCGCCCAUACAGUGAGAUGUUACUGUAACAAAAAAGCUGCAAGCAGAGAGGGGAGAGCUGUCUGUAAAUAUACAUGUCUACAUGAUGUCCUCUUGUUUUACCCAUUGUGGUACCUCAAAAAUUGUCUUCCUUUUUUAUUUUGCAGAUUCUAAUUUUAUUAUGCUAGUAAAUAUAAUUAUUUUAUCAUUUCCAUUCAUGGUGUAAAUUGUUAUAUUAUUUAGUUGCCCCAAGAAAGUGCCACAUUGGGAAUUUCUUUUUCCUUUCUUUGUAAUGCACUGUUGUGUUAAAUGUCGUCAUCAAUGUUUAUUUGUUUUACUUUGGUUUUAAAAGCACAAUCACUAAACUUUAUUUUAAACCAUCAUAUCUAUUAACCUUUUUGUCUUACUGGAGGAAACAAAAGGUAUGACAAAAGAGUCUAGUUAAUCCUGAUGAUGAUGCUGAUGUAGGUAAAGGUUGCUGUUUACGAAGGCUGUGCUUGAAAGGAGACUCCUUAUGUUAUGAUUGUCUCCCUCUCCAGUUCUGACGCUCACUCAAGUGAUGACAAAGACCGUUAAUGUGAGUCAUAGCUGCAAUGUAAAUAUCCUUUUCACAAUGACCAUAAACUCAGCUAUUGCACAUUAAUCGAAAUGGUUGUGUUGCCUACGAAUGCACUUAAAUGAAUGUCAAAUACAGGAAAUACGUCACUUUGGGAAUCUGGAGAGGUUGUAAUUGAACAAGGAGAGUCUCUUUUCUUGUAACAAAAGGGCUGAUGGAGCCAUGUUCUAAGGAGAAAGGGUGCUGUUGUUUAUUCAUAGGACAUCUGCAAACAUUUGUUUCGUAAAGUAAAAAAAAAGUAAAAAGAACUGAAAAAAAGGAUGAAUAAAAAACUUCAAACUAUAAA